AGGGAGGGAGGGAAGAUUGAUCCGCGUCUGUUAAAAUCUUGUUCUGGUUUUUCUUGGAGUGAGGUCUGUGCCUGCCGACGCGCCUCUCCUAUGCAGCCCCCUCAAGAAGAGCUUUUUAUGGAAGAAAACCUUGGCAUUUUUGAAAGCAAGAAGCUGCAUUAUACCAGUGAAGUGGAUAAAAAAAAACGCACGACUGGGUUCCUUUUGCGUUCUAUCUUGCGUUUUCUCCUCUGGUGUCUGAAUGAAACAGGGAGGCAAACAUAAGGGAACGAGGGACGGUGCAGGUUCUGAUCUGGGAGUUGAUCUGUCAGUGUGAUUUUGGGUAGACACGUUUCCAGUGCGCACGUUUUAACUUUUAUUUCUUCAGAAACUGGUGAGCUCGACUCCUCUCUUGCACCACGGAGUUCGCUUUUCUCGGAACGAGGAGACUUUCGUGUUUUUUUCGUCUUCGGAGAAACUGCUUAAACUUUCUACGUUUAAAAAAAUAAAUAAAAAGAUCGGAUUGCAUUUUCCCCCUUCAAACAUUUUUGAGGUGAUGUCAUCGUGCUGUGUUUUGGCUGGUAUUGUGUCGAGAGGGCGCAGGGAGGACUACUGCAGCCAGGCGGUUACCAGCGGCUGAGGCAAGCGGGGAAGUCCGGAAAAUCAGGUGCAAAGUGCGGCUGUCAUUUCCUCGCUGUGUCGCGGGAGGCUGAGUCCGCCACCCAGUCACAGCUGUCCCCAUCCUCUCCAGCCACCCCUCCCUCGUCUUUAUUAUCCAAUUUUCAUUCAGCACUCUCCAUAUACCCCUCUGAGCUGGACCUCUCCGGGACCUUAUCACCCUCUCUGUUGGACACUGUUGGUCGGUGUUACCUGAGCCACAGACCCGUUAAGCCAGCGUGGGGGCGCAGUCAUGACCGAGGCAAACUUGCAUUACCCUGCGCCCGCAGAGCCCCCGUCUCCAGCUCGCCGUUUGCUCCAUCAGCCAGCCCAGGUAGCCCACCUCCAUCAGCUCCUGACCCUGCUCUGCUGGGACUGAACCUGCCUGCUACUCCUGCCUGUGUCGGAACAAACACUCCACUUUCUGUUAUCAUCUCACCGACUACAGAAAUUAUUUUGGUGACCAGAAACUUGCUGUUGCGCUGAAACGUUACGCAUUGGAUUACGCAGAAGAUUACGCCCGCACCGCAUCUGUCCACAGGGCCGAGCAUCACUCUGAGGGUCAACAAGGUCGAUUGCAGUUGGUUAUCUUUGACGCGUGAGCGCGCUUUCACCUGUUCCUCUCCUUGUCGAGGACGCGCAGUCUUUAAAGCCCUGACCUUCCCCCUUUGCUACCCCGCCCAUUCGUCUCUCCACCGGUCUGGACAGCUGUUAGAGGUUGCCCGGCGGUCACAGUGGCACAGUUACCCCGGCCUCGCACCCCAAAUUGCCCGCGCCCGCACAUUUACCCACACCGGGAAAACCUGGGCACGCCGCCGCCGAUGCCAACGGGAGUGUCCGCUGACUCUUUGACUCUGCACUACAUACAGCGGAUUCAAAACACAGAGGGGAACUCUCCGGAGUGUCGGACUGGCCCAGACCGAGCGAGGAGACUGUCUCAGGGACAAGUUCCAUAGUGGAGGGGGGAAGCAAUGUGGCCCCUUCUUUCCACGCUGACCGUAUUAUGUAUCCAGAUGUUGCUGGUGAUGUGCAAUCCAUUACAGCAGGUACUUGGUGUGGAUGGGGUCAACUUCAGUGUGCAUGUGGAGAACCAGACGCAGGUGCGAGACACCAUGAGUCGGCGACACCACCGGGUCUACCAGCUCUACAGCCGCACCAGCGGCAAACACGUCCAGGUGCUAGGACGCAAAAUCAGCGCUCGAGGAGAAGAUGGAGACAAAUUUGCCCAGCUCGUAGUGGAGGCCGAUACCUUUGGUAGCCAGGUGAGAAUCCGGGGCAAAGAAACCAAUUUCUACCUGUGCAUGAACCGCCGCGGCAAGCUGGUAGGAAAGGUAAGACUUCUUUCUUUUAUCGACAUUAUCAAAAAUUUUAUUAUCUUACAGUUUUCUGACCAGCCUCUCUUUGUUUCUCCCUUUGUGUGUGUGUGUGUGUGUGUGUGUGUGUGUGUGUGUGUGUGUGUGUGUGUGUGUGUGUGUGUGUGUGUGUGUGUGCACGUGUGUGUACCUGUGGUUUAUCUGCUCUCUCAGAAGGCCAGUAAUCGAAGUGAUGACUGCGUCUUUGUGGAAAAGGUUCUGGAAAACCACUACACAGCUCUGAUGUCAGCGCGCUACACAGGCUGGUAUGUUGGCUUUACUAAAAGAGGGCGUCCUCGCCGUGGCAACCACACUCUCCCCAACCAGCAGGAUGUACACUUCAUGAAGCGCUUCCCGCCUGGGGAGCAGCCCGACCUCACCACCCCCUUUCGCUUCACCACCGUCAGCAAGCGGGGCAAGCGGGUGCGUGCUACCGGGCCCCGCUAGUAGUGGCUAAUGCUAACACCCGCUAUCUUGUCAUCUAAAGCCUUUACCGGAGCCUACCAAUGGCUAACCCAAUCAUCUCCUCUGUCACACACGACUGAACACCUCCCUUCAUUGGGACAAACAUUGACCAGAAACUUGAUGAAUCAUUCAUGGGGUUUAGCUUUACACUUACUAAUUUGCCACUAGUUAGUGAUCAUUCCUCUCAAUUUUAGUUCCCUUACUGGACUAACUGGACCAUUACUGGACUGGUCCAUCGCUGGAAGCUCUAUGGACCUACUCUGCUUCCCUUCAUAGGCCAGAAAUACUGACAGGGAACCUGAAGGGCAGCCAGAGUCCUAGGCUCUACGAAGGCCUUUAUUCUACAACCACAAGGCCUUCAUGUCUCCUUUUCUGGACCAGCUGGACAAUGUCAAGUAUGGGAUUACAGCUGGACCAUACAGAGAGAGAACAAGGGUGGGAAAGACUGACUGAACAAGAGAGUGGGUGCUUAGCCUACGGAUAAAGGGAAAAAAGGAAGAAGACAGGAAAACGGCAGAGUGGACAAAGGGAUAGAGUGAUCUGCACACAUCAAAUGGACCAAUAAUGGACUGUUGACAUGUGACACACUUAUUUUUGUCUCACUGCUAAAGUGGUGUGAACCUGUGAGACUGUUGGAUGAAUGGAUGACAUAAAGAUGAAUGAGGGGAUGAUCGAGCAAGUGACUUACUGAAUAAAUGCAUAUUUGUAAGAAGACGACGAAAUGUAUGUAAGAGUGUGUGUGUGUGUGUGUGUGUGUUUGUGUGUAUGUGUGUGUGUGUGUGUGUGUGUGUGUGUGUGAGCGAGUGAGUGCAUCAACAACCAUGAGUGAAGCUGGAUCACGAGGGACUCCGAAAAGGGACCAUCCAGUCCUGCAUGAACCUGUGACAACUCACCGCAGGGACUGAAGCUUUAGGAACUGGAAUGUAUAAAAACCAAGCUGCACCAAAAACAGCCAGCCAAUCACAGCAAACCAAACCAACGACUGACCAAAGACAACCCCCCCCCCCCAGGACACUCUCAACUUAUAGGUGCAGAGGAUGAAGAGCGCAGGGGCGAGGACGGCGGGGAGGGUGCCUUGUCUAUUAGCAUUGCUAUAGAAACGACCCAGGGGAUGAUGCUCCCGUGCGAUACCGUGGAUACAGAAUGCUGCUACCAGGACAUUCAGUGGAACAAACCAAAGUCUCAUGUAUACACACAGGGGAAAAAAUAUUAAAGGGAACAAUUUAUUGAAAGCUAUAUAUAUUAUAUAUAUAAAAGAAGACAGAAACCCUAAAUAAGCAAUCUUACUAUGAUGGUUAUUAUAAUUAUUACGAUAAAAUUAUUUCAUUUAUUUAUUUCAGCUCUGUGUGCAGCAGUCUUUCUCGACUCAGUAAACCUUACAGAAACAUUUCCUGUGUCUCCCAGCAUCUUUAAACUGCUUCUCCACCUGCUCGAUUUUCUGUCAAGGAUUAUAUUGUAGAAAGAGAUUCAAGUUUGUGAUGUUGUGGGCUGGCUUUUUUGCUCAAUUAGUUGAUCGACAAAAAAAUAACUGGAAACUAUUUUGAUAAUUAAUAAUUGUAAGUCAUGUAUCAAGAAAAAAAAAGCCCAACAUUUGCUUGUUCCAGCCACUGUAAUAUGAGUGUUUUGAUGGUAUUCUCUGUUUUGUAGCACUCUAAAUGGAAUAUAUUUGGGUUUUAGACUGUUGGUUAAACAAAACAAGCAAACUGAAGCAAUUGCUUUGGGCUCAAAGAAAUUGUGAUACGCAGUAGAGUUGGGCAUUAUAAUGAUAUGUACCAUGAUGCAAUAUACAUUUGUCAACCAUUA